CCAAAUGAAUGGGAAAGUUGCCUAUGAGAUUCUUACUAUUCAUUAUAUCUGAAAAUAAUUACUAAAGAGAACAAAAUGUUUAAGAAUACAACUUAAAUUUACUUAGGCUGAAGUGGCCAGCGCUCACACUACAAGCCUGAAUGGCGAGGAGGAGGAGGGAGCAAUUGGUAGGGAGGUGAUUCCCUACAAGAAGCUGGUGCAGAGUCUGGAGAAGGCCGUCAAUAGAUUCCAGGAUGGAUCAUGCAGCAACUGUGCCUCUCUCUCUUGGUGAGUGACCCCAUCGAGCCACCACCCAAGGAAGCCCCUCCAAAGGCCACAGAGGAGGAAGGCAGUGUUGUCAUUCUGGAUGCCAAGCUGUUCUACAAGCAGCAGGAGAAGGAGGUGGCAGAGAAGAUCAAGGAAAGCCUGGCAGUGACUGAGUAUGCCAAGCCAUCCAGUGCAUUGGUGCUGAGUGGUGUGUCCAGCAGUGUGGUGCAGUACACAGUGUUUGAAAUGCAGCUGUCCUUUACUGUGCUGGAUACAGAGGCCAGACAUUUGUGGGCAAACUGCUGGCAAAGACUGCUGAGGGACACUUUGAGGUUAUCCAGAGGACUGGUGGUGUAUCCCUCACAUCUGGUCAUCAAGGAGUACCCCAUGGUCAAGUCCUUGCACACCGAUCUGUUCUGAUGGAAGCAGUUGGAGGGUGUGGAGGAUGUGGUGAGAAUGACUGUCCUUAUCACCCAUCUGUUAUAUCCUUCAUUAUCUUCUUUUCUUCACCUGCACUGUGUUUUUUUCCUCUUGCAUCCUUCAGUAAUAUUUUCUUCAUGCCUCCUGUGUUCUUUUUGCUUCUGUUCUAUCCUUCAUUAUACUUUUCUGUUAUAUCCUUCAGUGAUAUCCUUUUUCUCCUGCAGUGUAUUGUUUUUCCCUCUUACCAUAUCAUGUAUCCUUCAAUGAUAUCUUUUCUU